ACAAAGAGCAUAACAGAAUUAUAUUCAGUCUAAGUAUGUUUAAUUUGAAAUUAUCUAAAAGAAUUUCCAUUUUAGAGAAAAGCCCAAAUGAAAAAGAUGAACAGAUUCCUUUAUUAAUUAAAGAGACACCGUUCUUCAAAACUUCUACUUUCCACGAGGCAAUUAGUUUUCUCAAAGAUGGUGGGAAAAUUCUAUGUUUGAUAGGAAAAUGGGGUUCCGGGAAAUCGACAACGGCUAAAAAAGUAUACAAGUCCCUCACUGGAAGGCGACCAAUUGUAAUAGAGGACAUACUGAAGUUUGAUGUGAGUUCUUGUCAGGAUUCUAUCAUCGUAGAGGAACCAUUACCAAGAGAGGAUAUUUCUGACGAAGAAAAAAAUAACCGUGUAGAAAAAAUUAUUUAUUUAUGCAAAAAUAUCCUGAAAACAAAUCAAACAUUUAUGAUUAUUACUUCAACUGAAGAAGCUUGGGAAGCAAUUGCAGAUGAAGUUGAGAAUUGUGACUUUGAUGAAAAUGAAUAUCGCUGUAUUGAUCUUAAUUGGAAGAAUUUAUCAAAAUGCGAUAGGAUUCAAAUCUUUCACACCAUUUUCCAGUUUCACAAUCCAGAUAAACCAUUCUCUAUUGUAGAAGAAAAUGUAACAAGAUUUAAAAUUAAUAGUUUUGGAUUCCCGGAAACCUGCGCCUUGUUUUCUAAAUGUAGCGAAUUUCAGAAAUCAAAAAGCGGUGUUUUAUUCUUCAAUAGACCACUGCGUUAUUUAAGUUUAUACCUGGAAAAAAUGUGUCAAACUUCAAGAGAAAAACAAAAAUUUCUCGUACUAGUAUAUAUGAGUUUAAAUAAUAUGAAAAUAGAUAUGGACAAAUCGAAUGACAAGCUUUGGGAAAUAUUCAGAUUAUGUGGUCUAAACACUGACAGUGUACGUCUAAAGUCAAUCAUACCCUGGGAAUUAGUCGUAAAAGAAGAGCCGUCAGUCUAUGUGUUACAACACGAAGUUAUUAAAAGAAUAACACUCAUAACAUUUGGAAAGCUUUAUUUCUCAGUUUUACUUCGGUUGUCAUCGCAGAAAGAUCUGGACGGCUGGAUAAAACACAAGAAGAGAACAUUCAUAGUAACAGAAUUAUUGGAGGUCGGUACCAAACAAGGCUCGGAAAUGGAACCAUUUCUUGAAAUUGGCGACGAGCAAUGGAUUGAAUAUCAGAAAAAAAUGGGAAAUACACUUUAACAAAAAGGUGAAAAAAAGGGUUAAAACAAAAUAGCAAGAAUGAUACUGUCGGACGUCUUGAAUACUAGUUGGAGUGUGGAUUGAUUUUUUAUUUGCUGGUAAACACUAUCCAAGUGUAAAUCAAGGUUAUCUAUUGUUUAGGUAUAAUAUUGAAUGAAAAUUCCUGUAAAAAAGAGACUAUUACGCUUUCAAGUUUUAUUCCGUGUCUAUUGACCUAUUGGCAUAUUCCUAUAUAGCAAUUAAAUAUAUUUAAAUUAAUAUACUCUCUAGUUUCUAUAGACUUUGGCUUUCUGUGUUAUUAUGACAAUCCUUAUUGUUUUUGUAUUUAUUCAUAUGGGUUUCGGCUUUUUUCGUUUCGAUGUGGAAAAACAUAUUGCAGUGUUAAUGAAAUUCCAAUCAAUUUUUUUAUGAAAGUAGAUUAUUAUGA